GUAGAGGAAGGGAUGCCAGUAGCUUCCCUCUCCGCCUUUGGCGCUCGCUCGGAGCCUCAGACCUGUGAUGCUUAAGUGGCCGCCGCCGCCGCCACAGUUGACCUAGCGCUCGCUUCCUCCGACCCGCCACUGCGCUGAAGACGCUGGAGGAGGAAGAGGAGGAAGAGGAGGAGGAGAAGGAAGAGGAAGAGGAGCGGCGGGGGGCGGCAGCAGCCUAAGGAACUGGGGAGUUCGUAUGGCCGCUCCCAGUUGGCAGGUGGUGCGCGCUGCUGAUCUAGCUGCUGUGUCGAGCUUCGGGCGCCUUUGAGCCGCCGUGGUCUCUUGGGGAUCGCCCUGCCCUGUGCUACCGAGCCAGAACCGGGGCCGGGAGGAGGAGGAGAACGAGGAGGAGAACGAGGAGGAGGAGGAGGCGGCGGCUUCCACCGUGGGCGAUGUGGCCGGCUGGGGCGGGCAGCAAGCUGCCCUGUGCCCGAGACUCGGCUCUCCGGCGGGCGGCUUUCUCGGGGAACCUCACAGCUUUGCCUUCCCACCUAGUGCCGGCCGGCAGGAGCGUCCGGGUCUUCAUCAGCGCCAAUCCUGAAGAUACAGGAGCAGAACGACAAGCGCUAAGAGAAAAUGUGUAUCCUAAACUGAGGGAAUUCUGCAGAGAAAACUAUGGAUUGGAAUUUCAGGUCAUAGAUUUAUACUGGGGCCUAGAUGAAGAUGAAUGGGACAGUCCUGAACUCCAAAAGACUCGUAUGAAGCUUUUAGAAGAUUGCUUGAAAACAUCUGCAGGUCCAUGUUUUGUUGGACUGUUAGGUGAAAAGUAUGGGAACAUCCGAAUUCCUGGAGAAGUGGAGUCAUCAGAAUUUGAGAUGAUUUUGGAUGCUGCCAUAGAAGCAAAGCUGGAAACCAAGGUGCUCGAAGAAUGGUACUGCCGAGACGAGAACUCUGUUCCAGCAGCAUAUUACCUCAGACCGAAAUAUGAAAUGCUGAAAAGCAAUAAGAACUCAAUGCAGUCUUCUGCCAAUGCUGAGAAUGAAAAAAAAUGGCAAGAGAUAUCAGAGGAGAUAAAGAAGAUUUUUAAGACAGCUGUGAAAUUGCUACAUGAAAAGGGGAAAAUGAAGCACAGCCAAGCCAAGAGAUAUCUCUUUUCAGCUAUUGAAGAUGAGUUUGACUUUGCUUUGGGAAAACAAACACCAGCAUUCCUAAAGAAAUGUGUUUGCUACAUUAGAAAAAUUGCAAACAUUGAGCGUUUUGUGAAAAUUCCAGCAAUGGGUAAAUACAUGGACAUAACUGGGACAGAACCAAGGAUUAUCCGAGACCCAGAAGCCCACGAGAAACUGAUAAAACUCAGGGAUGAAUUUAUUCCUACCAUUGUCGCAUCAUCAAAUCUGAGAGUCUACACUUCCAUUACACAUUGUGACAUGAAACUAGGUUAUUCACAAGAAGUAGAGAACCAUUAUAUAGAAGGACUUGGUAAACAGUUUUAUGAGGAUAUGAUUGACAUCAUUCAGGCAACUGUACAACAGAAUUUUGACACAGAAACUGAUACACUGUAUGACGAAAUUCUUCAGCACUCGUCAUUAUGUAAAACAUAUGCCUCCUUCUACGAGUACAAAUGUGAAUAUCUAAAUAUAGUACAUAAAUACCUUCUUCCCAGCAAAGCAGGGCACAUUAACCCUCUCAUCACCUAUGGAGGACCUUGCACUGGAAAAACUCUUCUGUUAGCUGAAGUAGCCAAGAAGGCUUAUGGUUGGCUCCAUGAAGAGAUGGGACCCGAAUCUGACCCAGUCAUAAUUGUAAGAUUUCUAGGAACCACAGACAUGAGCACUGACCUUAAGAAUCUACUUCUGAGCAUCUGUGAACAACUGGCAGUUAACUACCAGUGUCUGGUGCAAAGCUAUCCUAAGAAGAUUCAUGAUCUGCGUGACUUGUUUAUAAAUCUGUUGAAUGAGUCUUCAUUUCAGAGACCCUUGGUAAUAAUAUUUGAUGCUUUAGAACAGCUCUCCGAAAGCGAUGAUGCCAGAAAACUUUGGUGGCUCCCCGUUCACCUUCCCCGAUUUGUUCGGGUAGUACUAUCCACACUGCCCAACAAACAUGGGAUCCUGCAGAAACUCAGGUGCCUUAUCCACGAAGAAGACAACUACAUUGAGCUGAUUCCAAGGGACAGAAAAAUGUGCAGUCAGGUCCUAAAACACCAGUUGCUGCGCGUCAAAAGGAAAGUGACAUCAGGGCAACAGAUAUAUGUCAAUGAAGCUUUCUCCAAGUGCACGUUGCCAAUGUUUGUGAACUUAACCUUCAGGGAGGUGAGAAACUGGAGGUCCCACAAAGAUGUGGAUGAGUCCUCCCUCUGUGUCACAGUCCAUGACAGCAUAGAGCAGUUAUUUUGUUCCCUGGAGAAGAAAUGUGGGCAGAAACUAGUAUCCCGAGCUUUGGGUUACAUCACCAUGGCUAAAAUGGGUUUGAGUGAAAUGGAGCUGGAAGAUGUUUUAGCACUGGACAACAGUGUCAUGAAUGAGCUAAAUGAGAAUAUUCGACCAAGUAACCCCCUGCGGGUGCCUUAUGUAUAUAUUGCAAGGCUUAAGGAGGGCCUGAGUGGAUACUUGAUAGAAAGGCAUGUGAAAAACGUCACACUCUUGGUGUGGGCCAAUAGGCACCUACAGCUGAUAGCACAGAAGCUUUACCUACAUAAUGACAGUGACUUGCGUGAAAUGCAUACAAUCCUGGCAGAUUAUUUUCUGGGGGUCUGGUCUGGUGGCAGGAGGAAGGCUUUCUGUCUGGAGGACCCAUACUUGAAUGGCUGCCUUGAUCUAGAAAGCAGAAGUUUGCUAGAAGAAGAAAAGCAUUUCCUGGAGCAGGCAUCUUUUGAUCGACAGGCCCCAGAUCAACCCUGGGUGUUUCAGUGCAAUCCACUGGAGCCUGACAUCUUCUUUGUCAAUCACCGCAAAAUGUCAGAGCUUUUGCACCACUUGACGAGAUGUGGAAAAACAGAUGAUCUGCUCUAUGGAGUCAUCAUGAACUUCAGCUGGCUCUAUACCAUGGUAAAAAUUGGCCAAUUUGACAAAGCCCUUGCAGACAUUGAGACGGCUUACAACUAUUCACAGGAGAAGGAACUGAAGUUUCUGGCCAGUACCCUUCGAGGCAUCAAAAGCAAGAUCAUCACAUUCCCUGGCUCCCUCUCUGCUGAGCUCCAGCAGAGACUUCUUCCAGUCGUCAGUUCAUUACCCAAACUGAGGCACCUCCUUUUGGAAUGUGACAAGGAUGGACCUAAAUACUGCUCCAUUGUCCCCUUACAUUCUUCCAUGGAUGUGACUUACAGCCCCGAAAGACUUCCCUUGUCAUCCAGUCAUCUACAUGUCACCGAGAUUUUGCCUACAUGUAACCCAAGUACUGUCCUCACAGCUUUGGAAAAUGGUUCCAUUAGCACGUGGGAUGUUGAGACUCGCCAGCUACUCAGGCAAAUCACCACAGCCCAGUCUGUUAUUCUGGGCAUGAAGCUCACCACAGAUGAAAAGUACCUUGUGGUAGCCACAACGAACAACACCUUGUUGAUUUAUGACAACAUAAAUUCCUGCCUCCUUUCCGAAGUUGAAAUCAAAGGAGUCAAGCAUGGAAGUGGUUCUAAUUUCAUCAAUGGGUUUACCUUGUCAAUUACACAUGCCCUUGCCUGGUUGGAGGCCAGCAAAGAUGUCACUGUCAUUGAUCUACUUUAUGGAUGGCCUCUUUAUCAGUUCCACUGCUGGUAUGAAGUCACUUGUGUCCAGUGUUCUCUGGAUGGAGUGUAUGCUUUCUGUGGGCAGUACCUAAAUACCACCACCAUAUUUCACUUAGGAAGUGGAGAGAAGCUCUCCACCGUGACGUCCGAAUUUUCAGGGGGCUUUGUGAAGUUUCUUCUGAUCCUGGACACCGCACAGGAAAUGGUCAUGGUUGACAGCGAGGGCAGCCUUUCUGUUUGGAAUACAGAGGAAAUCACUAAUCCCCAACUAACGGAUGAUUUUGAUUGUCGAAGAGAAGACAGUGAAGUUGUCAGCAUUGAACUGUCCGAGGACCAAAGUGCAAUUCUUAUCUGCAAAGCCCUCAGCAUAGAACUCUUAGACACUACGAUGUGGAAGGUGGCGGAAAAAUUCCGAGCCAAACACAAUGAGCGCUUUAUCUCUGCGGUGCUCUCCAAAAAUGGCGACUGCAUAAUUGCUACUAUGGAAAAUACCUCAGCGGUGUUCUUUUGGAGGAGGGACACUGGACAGUGUAUGGCAAGCUUACAGGAAAUCUCAGGAACCAUAGUCAAACUAGUCAAGUCAAAUCACCAUAAUAUGCUGCUAUCUUUAUCGACUAGUGGUGUCCUUUCUAUUUGGGACAUAGACAUAAUUACAGCAAUGUCCAACAUAGACAAGACUGGAAAACCCAUCCAAAGACUGGUACUACCUGCUAGAGGUGAGAUAAUUUAUUCCCUAGAUGGAUCAGAAUCCGUCCAUAAGUGGAACUUUAGCAAUGGAUUCAUCGAGGCAGAAUUUAAGCAUGAAGGAAUCGUAGAGCACUGUGUGCUCACCUCCUCUGGGGAUGUGAUGGUGACAUCAGACGACAAAUGUAGCCAAUACGUGUGGCACACUAGUAGCGGUGAAAACCUCUUUCGCAUUAAUGGGCAAAGAAUAUCCCAGCUACUGAUUACACACAAUGAUCAAUUUGUGGUUUCACUCUGUGAGGAAAACGCCUCUAGGGUCUGGCGACUGGCCACAGGCCACAGGGUGUGCAAUAUUCUCACUCCUUUACAGAAUGCAUUUAUAACCUCUGCAAAUACGUUUGUGGUAGGCAUCACAAAAAACAAAGUGCUGGCAGUCAGUUUGUGGACAGGAAGUAUCACCAAGAAAUUCUGCUGUGAGGAUGGGACCAUGAUUGUAAAUUUCAAAUUGAUACCGGACUGCCCUGAUAUCAUAGUGUUUAUAACAUCCACGGAAACUGUGAACAUCUGGAGCCUGACAGACGAAGUCAUCUGUCGACGUGUGCAACUUCCAAACAAUUUCUUAAAAAAUCUAGAGGACUUUGAAAUUUCUCCUAAUGGGAAGCUAGGCAUUAUAUCCCGGGGGGAUGAAAAUAUAAAUGUUCUUGAUCUGCAUAGUGGUAAGCUACGAGUAGUACAUGCUGCUGGAAUCAUCUGGCGACAGAGGCUCUCUCGAGACGGCCGCUACCUGGUCUAUAUUUGUUUCCGGAAUGGAGAAGAGGAAGAUGACAAUGGUGCAGUCUCCAGCUUAAUUGUCAUGAGACUUGCAGACGGUAAAAACAUUGGUGCUUGCUCACUUUAUAAGACACCAACAUAUCUUGCAUUGUCACAGAGGCACUUGAAUAUUAUUGUUGGUUUUGAUGAUGGAAGUAUAGGGAUUUAUACUGUAGUAGACCGGGUGGAUGCAGCCUUGAAAAUUAAAAUUGCCACUUCAAACAGCCGGCAAAUUUUCAACAGUGCAACACAAGCAUCUAGGCCAAAAUGUAACAGCUAUUGCUUUAAGGCUACUGCAGAUUGUAUUUGGAGAGAAUCCACAGAGGUGUUUGCAAGAGAUAGCCCCAUCACAGUGACUGAUUCUGCAGAAACAACUGAAGCAACACCAACCAAAAAACACAAUCCUUAUGACCGUGUGUCCUCUGCCAUAGAGAGCAGAGGCCACAGUUUUGCUGCUGACAACUAAUUACAUAUUGAGACAGGUUUACUGAAAUUCAUGAUAUACAUUUAUAAGUCUGUCUUCUAUAUCAGAUGUAGAAAUGGUGCAUUUCUUAGGCAAAAUGGAAUACAAGUGACUGGUAUCCAUAUACAUGUAAAAAUUACAGAGAUAGAAACAUGUUUUGGGCUAUAGUUUUUCUUGAGAUUAAUUCAUGAAAAUCCUCUUCCAAUGGCUCAUCAUUAUAUGGAAGUGACCCCAUGUUCUCAAAGGCUAUGACAGCAGAAUGCAAGCUUUAGUGAGUCAAAAAGAUUUUGAGAAUGGGUCCUGCAAUAGAUUGCAGAUCUUGCCCAAGUACUACCCUAAGUUCAGCAAAGUUCACCUUUGGAGAUUUGAUUACCAGGUGAUUAAAUAUUUUUUGGCUACAGCAACUCUUUAAACUAGAGACUAAAGUAUGAAAAGACUGUUAUAUACUUUCAUGAUGAGAACACCCAUACAGAUAGAAUCAUAGCUCUUUGAAAGUAUGGAAUUAAUCCAAGUAUGAAAUCUUUACUGGACAUUUCUAGCAAUAUUCUUUACGUUGCUGCUUCAUCUAGAAGUUAGAAAAUAGUACAGUAUAUUGACUCUAACCGUAUAUUUGCCAGAAAUAUAACCUCUUACACACACACACACACACACACACACACACACACACACACACACAGCAGUUUGACCAAAAUCAUCUGUCAUGCUUUUUUUUAAGUUAAAUUCAAACAACUAUUACUUUGUCUCCAUGAUGCCAAAUAAUUCUUUUUGGCAACAUUUGGUUGUUAAUAUUAUAUAAAUACAGCCUUAAGCCCACUCUACCUUUUACCAUCCAGAUAGCAAAGACUCCUAUCUGGGGAUAAAGGAAAGAAAGUGAAAGGGGUAAAGUAAUUUCACAGUCCUGAAUAUAUGAAACUCUCCAGCGACUACAUCCCAACAUUAAGGAAAAGUACUUUUGAAAGAUGUGAAGAUGCAAAGAUAUAAGCUAUAUGGGACAAUAGUCAAUCGGCAGCUAAAAGGGCAACCCAGAUGCAGAAAAAGUCUUGCAAAAGUUGUAUAUGUGGGUUUUUGUACAAAGGAGGAAACUUUUUCUUCAAAAGCUAUUUCCCAAGUUAUGAAGGAAUAUGUUUAACACUAAAAAAUCAUUCACUUUUAAUGUAUCUUUCAAAGUACAUAUUUUGCUAGCUGUAAUGAAUACUCACAUAAGGGCAUUGCAAAUGCAGUUAAACAGUUCAAUUCCAUUAUUGUAUUAAAAGGUUCCUCUUCAUUCUCUUAUAAGAAAGUAUGAAUUAUCUCCUAAAUCCCUACACUGAAUUUCAACAGAAAGAAAGUUUUCUUGAUAUGCCAUGUACGAACUACUGCUAACAUUUGCCUUACUAUCAUUCCUCUUCUGUCCUGUGUUGAACGCAGAGAGAUGACCAAAAACUCUGGGACUAACAGAAUAUGCCUGUAUUUGUGCUAAAAUAUUCCAUAAAAUCUUAAGGCUGUCCAAAGGUUCUUUACUGUUCCUGUUUGUACUCAAUUUCUUACUUCUACAUAUGUAUGGAGGCUUAUUAUCUGUUUUACUUUCUGCUUUGGGACUCUUCUGAGCCUUUUAUAUAGUGUGAUCAGUUUCAAGGCAGAAGCUGUAAAAUCUUCAAUAUUUUUUAACUAUUCCACCGGAUUGAAGAAAAAAUGGUUACAUCCUAAAAACAAAGUGAUUUGUACCCCCUGCCAUAUCGUAUACAUGGCAUGUCCUUGGCUCAUUUUUAACAGAUUUUUUUUUUUUUAGUGAGGCAAUUGGGGUUAAGUGACUUGCCCAGGGUCACACAGCUAGUAAGUGUUAAGUGUCUGAGGCCAGAUUUGAACUCAGGCACUCCUGACUCCAGGGCUGGUGCUCUAUCCACUGCGCCACCUAGCUGCCCCAGAUUUUUUUUUUUUUAAGAGGAAACAGUUCCUCUAGCAAGUACUGAACAGAUAAGAGUUUUCAUUUCUGGUUCUGCCACUGACUUGCUGUGGGUUACUGAGCCAAUCAUCUAACCUCUCUGUUUCUCACUUUCUCAACUAUAAAAUGAGGUUAGUAGUAGUUUCCCCUAUAUCCCCUACAGGUGUGUGAUAUAAAAUAUAGUCAACUCUGGAUUAUUGAGACUAAUGGAGAAAAAUUGAAUGGCAUAUCACUCCUGUCUUUUAUAUUUGACCUUGAAAUGUAGUCUGAGACACUAACACCCUGUGUUAUGACUCAGAUAUAAAUUAUUAUCCUACCCCAUGCCAAGGCCAGAUCUUCUAUGGCUUGAUUGGCCUGAGUCCAAGUCAGGUAGUAGCCAAGAGGCAGACCCAGAUCCUUGUGUACAUAGAUACAUAAUCUAGAGUUGAUUGUAUAUGAAAGUACUCAUCUAAGACAGACCAAGGUCAUUCAAGGUAUCACUAUUAUUAUUAUGAGUAGUAUGAGUUGGACCUCUGUGCCACUAAAUUUCUAACAGUCAAAUGCCAAGAUGAAUUACAUGUCGUGUGUGAAUGUUCUAUGUAAAAGCCAAUAUAGUAAGUAUUGAGUGAUUUGAAUGAUUUUCCUAACUUGUUUGCAACUCCUAGAUCAUACUGAAUGUUUUUAUGUAAACUUUGUAUUGUUGGGAAUAAUUACCCAAUCAGAGAUUUAUAUUUUCUUAAAUGUUACAUUUAGUUACAUUUUGUUACAGAGUUGUUAAACUAGAAUAUUAUUGCAGUCUUCAAAACAAUAUACCGUCUUGUGUAUGCAUUGUUUGUAUGAAUAAAAGAUAAACUAAUUUGCUUUGGAGUUUUUUUGGACUAUUUUCCAAGUUUUGAUGAUGCAACUG